GGUCCGGUCUCUCACUGUCUGGUUUGCUGCUUCCAUCGAGAAAUUGCUUCCUUCUCCCAAGUCCCACCCUUCCAAGACUAUUCAAGAUAAAACUAUAAUCCUCAUUAAAACAUGGAAGGUGAAUUACACCUUCUCCACUGCAUCUUCUCAAAUCCAAGAUGCAAGUCUAUCUUGCAUAAUACUAGUUAUUAAACUAUUGCCUUGAUAAAAGAAAAAAGAAAAAAGUAAUCGUACCAAAGCUCUCCCUUUCGCUCGCUAGCAGCAAUGGAAGAAGCAAAGCAUCUUCUUUUACACUGAUGCCUCUGUCUGCAUUUUUCAGUUAGCGAAACCUCUCUCCAUAUGGCUCUGUGAAUUAAACUAGCAAAUAUGAUGACCAGUGGAGCAAGUGGUAAUGGUAUUUUUAGUUUCCUACCAGGCUCCUCCACCCAUACUUGGCAGCCUGUCAUGACUAGUGAUGAUACAACCACUCCAAGUUAUUGGUUGAACUGGAGAUUCUUCCUCUGCUCACUAUGGAUUCUUACUGCAAUGGUUCUGGCAACGAUUCUAAUAUGGAAAUAUGAAGGUUUCAACAAAUCAAGAUCUGACAGGAGAGAGAACCAACGAGAAACAGUGUGGUCUUUGUAUGAAGAUGAAACCUGGAAGACGUGUCUCAAAGGAAUCCAUCCUGCCUGGCUGCUUGCUUACAGAAUGAUGUCAUUUGUUCUGCUUCUGGCAUUGCUUAUUGCUGAUGUUGCUGUUGCUGGAGGUGGCAUUUUCUACUUUUAUACUCAGUGGACAUUUGUUUUGGUCACGAUCUAUUUUGGGCUCGGGUCUUCACUCUCCAUUUAUGGAUGUUGCAAGCACAACAAAGUUGAUGGAAAUGCGGUUUAUCAAGCAAAUUUAGAUGCAGAACAAGGAUCCUAUAUAGCUCCCACACUAGGGGAGAGCUUAGAUAUGUCCAUUAUGUCCAAGACUUCAUAUACUCAUGAAGAACCUCAUGCUCACCAUACUGCAGGUGUAUGGGGGUAUAUCUUUCAAAUAAUUUUUCAGAUGUGUGCCGGUGCUGUGACGCUCACUGAUUGCAUAUUUUGGCUCAUUCUUUAUCCCUUUCUAACUGCCAAAGAAUAUGAUCUGGAUUUUUACAUUGUUAGUAUGCACUCAAUCAAUGCCAUUCUCCUCCUUGGUGACACAGUUCUAAAUUGCUUGCGAUUUCCAAUGUUUCGGAUUGCAUACUUUAUGCUAUGGACAGCUAUAUUUGUCAUUUUUCAAUGGGUCAUCCAUGCUUGCGUUUCCAUCUGGUGGCCAUAUCCAUUUCUUGACUUGUCAUCUCCUUAUUCACCCUUAUGGUACCUUGGAGUGGGUUUGAUGCAUAUACCGUGCUAUGGCAUCUUUGCUUUAAUCAUUAGGUCAAAGCACAUACUGCUGUCAAAAUGAUUCCCCUAUUCUUCUCGGACCCUUAGGUGAGGAAGUAGAUCAGGCUUUACACUGCCCUCAAUUGACCAUGUCACUAGUGCCCUAGUUAACCAUAGAACAAGGGCCAACACCACUAAGUCACACCAUUUCAUUGGUAGUUCCAGCUUCUUACUCUGAAUGAGUUUCUGCAGAGGUUACAUCUGGAAACUAUGGGAAAGAAAUUGGUACAUAAUUUGUUGACAGCUGGUGGGCCUUAUUUUUUUUCCCGGAUACAGUUCAUCAGGCAUCCUGUGUUUUGUCUCCACCAGAAGGGUAAUUGUGCUAAAUAUGUCUGUGCUUGCAUAAAUUAUCACCAAGUCAUUGUAAAUUUUUUACUUUAACUCAAUUGGUUUUUCCUUGCAAGUUGUGAACGCUUAUUUUGAAUCAAAAUGUGGGUUUUUUUAAACUGAAUUCUACAAGUUUUCUUGGGCACAAGGACUGAAACUUCUCCAUGAAGCUAUUCAUGCCCUUUCAUACUUCAGUUAUAAAUGAUUCAUGAUCUAUUCAUGCACUUCUCUAUAUGAUUCAUAAGCGAA